AUGUCAUCUUGCAGGCACAAGUCUGGUGCUCAGAAAAGGCAGGAAAAAAAGAUACGAGAAAAAGAAGCAAAGAAGGCCUCUCGCACAUUGUUUGAGGUAGGUGCUUACAAAAGAGACAAGGAAUGUGAUUCAACUUUAAAUAAACCUGGUGAAAGCUCUGUUCAAAGCACCGCUGAAGAAGAAGAAGACACAAACGGCUUGGCUGCUUCGGUAGACCAUGACACCACAGAAAGUAGAGAAAACACUACUGAUUCAUCAUCAAAUCAAGAUACUGUUCAUAGUGGAUCAUCUAGUUUUGAUGUCGGCACAUUGACCGGAUUUCCAACGAUAAAGGAGUUAGAAAAGGUUGUUAGAACUGGUCAUUUGCCUCAUCCUCCAGAGUUUCCCAAAGAUUGCGACGGCCAGAAAUUUCCAACAACGGUCCUAAAUGUGAAGCAGCAAAAUGGGGAGGUAGUAAGAAGCUGGCUUGUUUUCUGUCCUACAAAGGCUGCACUCUAUUGUUUGCCAUGCAGGUUGUUUGAGCACACUAUUAAUAAUGGUUCAAAAUCAAAAUUGGCUUGUCCUUAUGGUUGGGGAGCGAACGACAGCUGGAAAAGAUUGUGGGAAAAGAUUAAGGAUUUCGCCAUGAGGAAAGCAAGAAAAGCAGUUUUUUAA